AAUCGAGUGCUAUUGUCGGUAUACCAGCUGCUUGGUGAAUGCUUUGGCGACGGAGUGCGAGCUCGGACUGAAGCAGAAAUACGGGGAAGCCAACACAGAAAUCCGCGCCGAGUGUACGAGAGCCUGGAGCGAACCGGCACACUUGGAGUCCAGAGAUGGGUAACGCCCUGGCUACCUACCAGGGUCGGGACGGAAGCGAACCUCCGCCGGAGACAGUUACCCUUCUGGACCUGCCGCUUCUGGUGAUGGAGAAAAUAUCGGUAUAUUUAUCGGCAGAAGACGUCUGGCAACUGGGAGCUACGUGUCGCCAGCUCAGAGAGCUCUGUACUGACGACAAGUUAUGGCGAGACCGUAUCAUGCGUGAGGCGCGUACCCUCAUAGUGGACGAACUGAGCGACGAGCAGGCGGUGUUCCAGCACCAGAGACAUCAGAUUACGAUGACCGUGAGCAACCCGCGUCUAGACCAGCCACGACUGCACUGGUCAUCUGUUCGACCGAGGAAGCGCCGGGAGCCGCCCAGCCGAGGCGCCCUGCUCGACUCGUGGGCUCUCAUCACUGACCUGGUCACGGGGCGGAACGCGGCCAGCGCCGCGCCGGCAGGGGUGACGCCGCGCAUACUGAUGUAUGGCUCAGGUCUGGAGAAUAAGAGCGUAUUACGUCGAAUGAUGAUGGACAAGGCCGAGGGUCUGCACGUGCACUCACUGGUACCCAGCGCCAAUAGAGGCGUAGGUGCCGGCGUGCGGUUUCGGUUCAGCGACGACGCCACGUUCGACCUGAUCACGCUGUACUCCAACACGAGCGAGGUGCGGCGCCGGCGGACUCUGGGCGGCGCCGCCUCACAGACGCGACUGUACGCGUCUGUUAACGAGGGCGGCCGACUGAAGAUGGAGCCGUUUGUGACCGAUCUGCUGCAGCACGCCGAUGGAGUGGUGCAUGUGGUCGAGGCGGCAGAGGAGAAGGGAGACUACGGUUUCGAGUCGCUGGAGCGCGAGGCGAUGCAGGAGGCGAUGACGGAAUCUGGCCGCCAGCUGCCUCUGCUGACGCUGCUGCUGGCCGCUGAGCCGCCCCACAGCCGCAGCAGCACACUCGGAUGGAGGGCUCAGCAGCGGCUGGCGCCGCCACCGGCAGGACCCCAUGCAGUACUAACCACCUCGGUGUGCAGUUUGACCGACCUGUCACACGGGUUCAGCUGGCUCACCGCCGUCUGUCGACUGGAGAAACGACAACACGAGGCCGCGCCCGAUCGACCCGAGCAGGCAGAGUUCGCCUUUGGGGCCACCGCUUCCGCCGCUGCCGCGACAGCCUCAGGGGGUACCUGAAAGGACGGAAGGUUAUAAAGAGGGAGGGAGGGAAGGGAAGCGUGGGGCUGGGUAGAGGGGGAGGUGUGAUCGGGAGGGCUGGUAGAAAUGAUAAGGAAAAUGAUUAGGCUGUAUGCAUAUUGAAGGUAGGCAUUGCUAGAAAUGAGACGUUAAAGUCCAUAAAAGGACAUGCAUUGAAGUGUCACGUUGAUCAGGGCAUUGAAUAGGGGCAUUGUGAUGACCCUAUAGGUGAUUAGGGUUUGAGAAGGAUAGUUUAUCAGAAUCAAUGCCUGGCAAGGUGCGUGAUCUUCAGAAUGGGGCCAGCCGCUGCGAAUUUCGGUAAGCUUGGUGGAGUUUGGUUCGCCCUUAAAGUUCGGCCCCAGCUCUAGCUCAUCUGGAGAUCAGUAUUAUACGAUGUGCAGAAUACGUAUAACUGUCAAAGUAGACAGCCAGAAGAAGCAUCUGAUUUUGUAUCAGCUUGUCAAUGUCCUUCCUAAUAUGUCGGAGAUGUUAUAAAGGAGAGCUUGUUAAUUUUUAAAAUAAUUUAUUUGUAUUCUCUGAUCUGUUUAUACCGUUGUUUACUGACCAGUUUGCAUGAAGUUAGUGUUGGUGCCUUUGAUUUUGUUUCUUUGUUACUUGUUUGAGGGUUUGUAUUAUUUAACGUUUUAAGUUGGCUAACGUUCGCGUUUAACGUCCGAGGCGAACAGUAUUCACCGGUCGACGAUGGUUCAUGAUGUCGUGAGGCACCGAUGUGUUCGCGUGCUAGCCCAUAGUCCGCUGAUCCGAAUACGGUGACAUCUGGCGGGCAGGCGCGAGUGCCCUAUUUGUGUGCGUUCCGCAACGACAGGCCCCGUCACCUGAGGUGACUUCUCCAAUUGAGGAGACACAUGGCAUGGAGUCGUAUUUUGCCUCUGGUGUGAACAGCAUAAGAAAGUGUCGGUUCUGAGCCGUGAUACUCCUUCUUCGCACGACCACGUGUUCUUUCUCGCCCAUGACUCUACCAAAGCAUCUACACUGCACUUAGAGUACGCUAGUCUCGCAGGAACUCUAUUUUACGCAAAGUGGUUCAACUUUUCACAAAUUCUGCGAGUUUUAUCAUGUUUUGUGCGUAAGUUUGCGGGAGGCUCUGUCGUUUCCCUCGCAGUACACCCGCUACAAGCCAUCCUGUGAACUGUGGUCUAUAUCGUGACCGUGUGCAGGCGUGAGCUGGGUUCGGUGCCUCCUGUGAGUUCAGUGAGCUCUGUGAGUAGCCACCCACCGACCACCAGUUAACUCACUUACCCAUUGGGUCGGCUCGGCAGCUGUGCUCCGGUGAAGCUUUUGGUCUCGGGUCGAGGCUAGCUGUCGUUUUUAUGCUGGCUUUUGCACUGAAACUUUGAGAAAUGAGAAGUCAGCUAGCAUUGCAUCACUUAAAGUAGUUAAACUCCUUUGAGGAGUUUUGCCGCUAACCAGCCUGUGGUAUUAUAGACGACCGGUCGCGAACUGGCUUUAGUUUCACCAAAGCUUUGUGAGAUGAGCGCGUGAUGAUGGUUACAGCCCUCACUGGGGUGUUCUGAGGUCACUGAAGGGCCCUCGCGUCCAGUGCCUGCGAUCAGGCCCGUGCACUGCUGUGAUACUGUUUUUCUAUAUCGAAUACAUGAUUGGCACCCGUU